AUGUCUACCGCCGAGCUCGCCUGCUCUUACGCCGCCCUCAUCCUGGCUGAUGACGGCCUUGAGGUCUCCGCCGACAAGAUCCAGACCCUCAUCUCUGCCGCCAAGGUUGAGGAGGUUGAGCCCAUCUGGGCCACCAUCUUCGCCAAGGCUCUUGAGGGCAAGGACAUCAAGGACCUCCUGACCAACGUUGGCUCCGCCGGUCCCGCCGCCGCUGCUGGCCCCGCCGCUGCCGGUGGUGCUGCUGCCCCCGCCGAGGCUGCCGCCGAGGAGAAGGAGGAGGAGAAGGAGGAGUCCGACGAGGACAUGGGCUUCGGUCUGUUCGACUAA